GCCAGUAUGGAUGUUCUAGUCUGGAUUCAUGGCGGGUUCCUGCAGCUGGGUUCCGGGCACCAGCCGGGACUGAGUCCUUCGGGGCGGCUGGCUAAACUUACCAACGCCGUACUCGUCAGCUUCAAUUACCGCCUCGGGCCAUUGGGCUUCCUCGCUCUGACAGCGCUGGAAACGAAGUCAACCACGGCCUGUGGGACGCAGCGCUGGCUCUCACGUGACCGUGGGGGCGCCGAUGCUGGUGCCUCACUUGCGUUAGCGAUUUUGGCAGCGGGACCCCAAGCUGGCUGGGAGCGCCUCUUCAGGGCAGCCUGGCUUGAUGGUCCAUCGUCAGUACUCAACAGAACGUACGCGCAGGUUGCCAAGCACAACAAGGCAUUUUUCCAGCAGCGUUCUGGUUGUGCUAACGCGACGUGCCUGCGAGGACUGAGCGGUCACGACGUCAUCAAAGCCCAUUUGGGUAAAGACGACCCAUCCUUCAGGAUCAGAGACCAGAACGACCUGCCUAUUCAGGGGAUAUUUCCAGAGCAGUUUCUCGUCGUAGACGGAACAACACUGACGAAGCCCCCACUGGAAAUGAUCGAAGGAAAUACCAAGUGCGACAUUCCCAUCUUGAUUGGGUCGUCAUCUCAAGCAAUCGAUAUCUGGCCGGGGCCAGACGACUUGAGCCACUGGUCUUGGAAUCAAUACAAGAAAUACGUCACUACAAGCCUCGACAGCUUCGGCCGCCUGACGAAUGCCACAGAUCCAGGAAAUACGCCAGAGUUGGUGUACACGACGAUGGUGACCGACCUUCGUGUAGCCUGUCCAGUGGCGAACAUGGCUUCCAACUUGGCGAUGGCGUUCCAGUCGCCUGUCUACCGAUAUGUGUCGGAAAUCCGCCCGUCCAAGCCAGUAAAGAUAUUAGGUCACGAGGCGCCAUACAGCCUGCACCCGUGGAUGCUCGUGGCAUUCUUUGGCCUUCAGGACCACUUUCUGGGAGAAGGUGAUGGUGAUGGCACUCUGCAAGAACCCGACCUGGCUCUUCGCGACGUUGUUCGAGAAAUGGCACUGCAGUUUGUGCGCUCUGGUGGCCGGUCAGUGCCCGUGGCAGACUGGAUGAGGUAUCCGAAGACGGUAUCACUGCUUCGAGGUGCCAACGCCACGUGGGAGGUAGUGCCGACCACCUCAUAUAAGAAGACCGAGUGCAAAUUCUGGACCUCGGAGGGACUGACCCAGUAUGCGUGGAUAAGCUAAGCGUUCCGAGAUCGAGCCCUGUACUAUAAUACACCGUCCGGAUUUGUUAGACGACGGGUGAGAAAAGUUGGUGCCGAUAAUUUUCUGUGCAGUAUAAUUCGUGUGCUUGUUGCCCCAUCCGAACGACUUCAGGCUCAAGAAAGUGGCGUUGUACGACUUCUGAAACAACUGCCAUGUACAUGCGAGUGUGGAAAAUACGCCACAACAGAAAUACGUCUAGUUGGUUUUAUUCGGCCGUGUUCAAAGAAUGCAGUGCAAAUUACAAACUUCGCAACACGAAACCUCAGUUGAAUGCUGAACAGUAAGAGCCAUCUUUCAUUUCUAUCCCAAUAAUACGUCAACUAUACAGUUAUGGCGUCCUCAUAAGUGCCACAUACAUGUGUAGAAAAAUAGCUGCUUUCGUAGCGCCGCGUUAUGGCACUUCGAAGGGCUUGUUUUCCACCCUAUAAAAAAUGUUGCGUUAUAAUAUGACCUAAUAGUAAAUCAUCGAAGUGCCAAAUUACCCUGCUUAUACAGUUAGAAUUUCCAACCGUUAGACAAUAUUGCUUAUUGCAUGCAUAAUGCCAAGUGCAAAGUUUCAGAGAUACAUGCGAUAAAAGAGAAAGUAUGUGAUAAAAAUCAGCCUUCCUCAAGGAAGCAAUAGCCUAGGGAGUAGUAUAUAUAUGUGUGCUCUAUGGAGUGUAAACGAUACAGACAAUAAAUAUGUUCCCUAAGAAAAUACAGAAUGGCGAGCACACAGUAAAAGAUGAAGCAGAUAAAAAAAUUGGCCCCAUAUCUGCAUGUUUCUGCAAAUGUCGUCGAAAGACGAUAGUCUUGCGUGUGGAAGAGUGAACAAGACAUUUAUUUGGUGUUCUGCGCAAGAAAAUUGGUAAGUGGUAUUCUGGAGGCGCUGCUUUAGAGUGCCUAGAGCGUCCAACGAAGGCGAACGAGCGCAUCAAGUCACCUCACACUUGAGACAUGAGUGCUAUCUGGCAGUUAUCUUGAAAAGCGAAGCGCGCAUGCCAUGCGCGCCCAUCUCGAAGGUGAUAAGGUGUAGAACGCAAGGCGACGGGUAGGUGUCACCACCGUCUCGUCUUAGCAAAGCGUUAGAAACACUCCUCGUUACGUGCAAGCGUUGCAUGGUCAGCGCAGCGUGAUCAGCGCUAUGGUCCUUAAAGUUACUUAUGAAUGCCUUUGCUAGUUAAAGGCGCACAUGCAGAACACAUACGUGUUGUUAUGGUGCCCUAGACAUGCGCAAUAAUUGCUUUUAAAUUUACAAUUGCACCAUCAUGAACGCUGAACCUUGAGCAACAUUGGUGGGUGCUGCGCAUGGGGUCGGCCGUUUCGAAUACCCGAAGCCGUUGAGAGUGGACAAACUAACAAAUGUACAGACAGACAGACAGAGAGACCAAAAUUUUGGCGCCGAAGGUCCCCAAGAAAGACUAUCGUCCUUAAAAAGCCACGUCUCAGAACUGAAUGCACAGGCGAUAGCUCCUGGUACCUUCACUCUUCCAGUAAUGAAUGUAGAACGUGUCUGUUAGAGCAAAAAGGCUCUCCCCCAUGUUUGCCUUUCUUCCUAAUCAGCAAAUAUUGCUGUUCCUGCUGGAUUAUGAACACCAAGUUUGUUACGUCAUCUCGUAACCAAAAUGGAAAUUAAAGCAACUCAAGGUAUUCCUAAUUUUCACUAAUGUGCCAAAUGAACAGUAGUUCUUGCAGAACCUCAACAGCAUUUGUAGUUAACCAAUAAGCACAAAGAGAUCUGAGAAAAUCGAGCCAGACCUAGAUUCUGUGGUACAAUAUUAGAUUCUGUGAAAAUAUAACAUAUUUCUCCGAGUUAUUCAUUAGCGGUAAGGCAGCCAAAGAAGCCCAAAUUAUCGUCGCUAUGAAAAGCAAAGCAAAAAUAGGCAAACUCCAUCCGAGUCUAUGCACAAUGUGUGUAUAAUACACGCUCUAUUGCAGUGCAGCCGAUGACAUGGACGCCACUAUAACCUGGUAAAGCAUUCUGCACAUAAAAAUAUUUGCCUGUGAAUGUGUGCGUGCGUGAGGACAGCGUGAUCUGUGCCUUAGGCAGACUCUUCCUGGGAUCUUCGCCGUCUGUGGACAUUCCUUUACAGUGUAAAGCAGUGCUUUGUCUACUUGCACCGCAUAUUGUUUGCAGCAGUCAAACAGCCUGUUUUGUCAUACAUUUGUCGUGCUAAAAGGGUGUGCUUUCUGCCGCGUCAUUGCAUGUGUGUGGUGGUGUGUGCCUGUUUACAUGCUUUAGAAAUUGCGUCCCUUUGUUCUUGUUUAUGAGUAGACUUAAAUCCAUUAUAAAUAUUCCACUGUUCAGAGUUUACAGUUUCCGCACUUUAAAGUACAUACAUAGCUGUCUGCUGUACUUGCUUUAAUUCAAAUACCUCAUUUGAUGUAAAUAUAAUCAGAAACAUCAUCCUAUAGCAUGCACCAGCUUUGUAAACUAAAUAUAAAGCAGCUUCAGACAAGAGUGACGGUUUUAUUUUGCAUCUACAUUCAGGAAUAGUUGGUACACAGGGCAAGGCAUUUCGCUUUACUAAAAAUAUGUUAUCAUCAAAUUUUUAAAUCUGCUUUAAGGAGUACAACAUCAGUCGAAUGUUCCCUUUAACAGAAAAUUCUUAGUAGCUGUAAAAGCAAACAUUGCGAUGGUAUAUUUCAUGGAGUUUUAAUAAAUAAAAUGCUUUCGUGAUGCUGUAAAAACUGUGUUGAAUGAGGACUUGAAUUGGAAGUGAAUUUUCAGUAUAUUUCACACAGUGACCCCGUCACGCUAUUUAGGUUGACGUCAAAACACAUUAUUUCUUUAAGCUUAAGCGCACAGGCUUGUACACUACAAUUUACCUAGUCCUUCGACAUGGUUUUCAUGCAGGUUCAGAGCAUGGCUGAUAUAUUGGACAUGGUUUGUUUAUAUUCCUAUUACAAUGCUGGAACAGCAUUUUAACCAGUGGGAAUUGUAGUAGAUCCAGUAAUUCAGGUAGUAUAUCUACUGAAGUUUCAACUUCCGGAUAAACUCGACAUUUUUACAUUGUGUAUACCUUACAGUAGCUAACCAAAAAAUCAGAAUGAAACUUAAAAGGCAGCCUGUUAAUUGACUAAUAACUUUGAAUAAGCCUAUCUCAAAGCAAUGUUUGGGCGUAAGAUAUACUUAAGGGUAUAUGUUUGGACGCUUUAAAUUAAACAAACAGUAUUUCCUACCUGCUGGUUCUGUGUCCAUGCCUAAAUUCUGUCGCUGCAUGUGUAGACAUGUGAUUAAAGUGUAGAGACAAAUCCAUGUGUGAUGGGAGUUACUCAAAUGCUAAGUGAUAGAUCAUUCUGUGUGCUUGCUUGAGUAUUUUUCUCGUGGAGAAUUUUUCCGGACUACUUUUGUAUCAAUGGCCUUCUUUUGCGGAAAAUCGAAACGUUCAUCGCGGUAACAUAUGCUCACAUGAAAUGAUUAACGCUUGCUUGAACUACUGUUCCGCGGCUAAAAAUUGUGUCACGUGCUUGAAUGAGUUUCAAUAAAAGUAACUUUGCUUAUUUGUAACCACCA